AUGUCGGAAUUCCCAGAGGAGCCUGUGCCGCUCAUCACGUUCAGCGAGGACGAGGACCAACUUAAGGUGAAUGAUGAGGCUGUAGAGCUUCUUCGUCGUAUCGAUGGCCAUGUGGCUGUGGUGGCCAUGGCCGGCCUCUACCGCACAGGCAAGAGCUCCAUGCUCAACUGGCUGCUAGACAGGCAGAGCGGCUUUCGUGUGGGCCCCACUAUCGAACGCUGCACUCGCGGCAUCUGGCUAUGGGGCCAACCACAGCGCCACACGAUGGCGAAUGGAGAACACGUGUGGGUGCUCAUGCUGGACACGGAGGGAAUGGGCGGUCUCGAGGCGUCGCAGCAGUAUGACGCACGCAUCUUCUCACUAGCCACUCUCCUCUGUUCCAAGCUCAUCUAUAACAGCCAAGGCAGUGUGGAUGAAAAAGCCAUUACUGGACUCAGCUUCAUUGCCAACCUGGCCAAACACAUUAAAGUCAGCGCGUCAGGUGAAGGAGAAGACGAAGAUGUGAUGCAGUUCCACAGCUUCUUCCCGUCCUUCCUCUGGGUCGUUCGAGACUUCACGCUAGAGUUAGUAGACGAGGAUGGAGACCCCAUCUCCAGCAGUGACUAUCUCGAACGCGCAUUAGCCGAUCAGCCACGUACCCCUGCCAAUAUGGAACGUAACCGUAUCCGCGCAAUGAUGAAGGACUUCUUCCGUGACCGCGACUGCGUCACUCUGGUGCGCCCGGUACACGACGAAGCCAAAUUGCAGCAAGUAGACGCAAUGUCCAUUGAAGAGCUCCGUCCAGAGUUCCAAGAACAACUCAGCCAUGUUAAACAGAUCGUGUACGGCGACAGUCUACAGCCCAAGAUGCUGCAAGGCAAGCCGCUUAAUGGCAGUAUGUUCGCUGGUUUACUCCAAGCGUACGUAGCUGCUAUCAACAGUGGCGGUGUACCAGUCAUCACGUCUGCAUGGGAAGGAGUGACUGCCAGUGAGUGUCGAAAGGCGAUGAGUACUGCCGCUGAGACCUUCAAGAAGAGUCUGGCAGCCUUGGACUUGCCACUGGACGAUGAAGAUCUCGUUGAAGGCAUUAAAGACGCCGAGGCACAAGCAAUCGCGCAGUACCGUGCUGCUGCAAUUGGCGACAGUGCAGCCAAACUCGAAGCUGACCUACGUAAGCGCAUGGAAGACGAUAAAGCAGUCUGUGCACGUACUAACGCAGCACAGAGCAAGGAGAUGUGCGACCGCUUGUUGCAAGUGUUGUAUGCUGAGCAGAUCCAGCCCAAAUUGGCCUCUGCUAGCGACGAAUUCGGUGGAUUCGCCGACAUGCAGCAGUUCUCACGUGAGUGGCAAGCGUUCCGUGACGCCUACUUGAAGAAAGCUCGCGGUGGAGCCAAACUCGAGUGUCUGUUGACAUUCUCCGAGGCGAAAUACGCCGAAGCGAUGAGGAUUCUAUUGAGUCGACAGGAAGAGGGAUACGAAAAGGAGAUCCGGACGCUGCAAGGCGACGUGUCCAAAGUGAAGGAGGAACUGGGCAGUGUAGGAGGCCGCGAACAGAUCUACAAGGAGCAGAUCGAGCAGAUGCAAGUGCAGUCGUCUCAGAUCAUGUCGGAGAAGGCGCGUUUCGAGGCCGAAGCUGAAGCGCAACGUGAACGGAUCGCUAACUUGGAGAGUAUGUUGCAGGACGAGGCUACUACCAAGCAACAUGUGGAGAUCGAGCGGGAAUCUGCGGGGCUGAAGCUCUCGAGUGAGUCCAAGAAGCGCGAAGAAGUCGACAGUGAACUGGCACGCAUGAAGUCCGAGUACGAACGUGUGGUGCAGGAGAAAGAACGACAGGAGAUGGAGCUCAACUUGUUGAGUGAGGAGUGUCAGCAGCUCCGGAAGGGCCAGACUUGCGGCUGUACUAUCUCCUAA